GGAUUGUUGUAUAGCUUAUUUCGUAACCCUCGAAGCACUGUACAUAUAAUCUAGUACAUAACACCGUCAAUGGAACCGAUGUUGUUCAGACGGGUUAAAGCUUCAUAGUGACUGCGGUCAGCACGCCAAUUUUCGUGUUCAAUUGAAGACGUGUUUUGGCGCUCGUGGUUUUUGGGUACCGUGGUCAAGUAGCAGAAUUCGUUUAACAUGCAGUCAAUCGUACCAGCCAAGCGAAAGAAAAAACGUCAAUCACAAAAGCCUUCCUCUACUAAGGCUACUGCAUCCGAUUCUCACACUUUGCACUGGGCCUUGUGUGAUUUCUACCUGGAAUCGAGCAACCUACCUCCUAUAUUCUGUCAACGUAGUCGUGCCACAGCAUCCUCCAACACAAACAGUAUAGAAACGAAACGAAAUGUACAGUAUGCUAUUUCUACACUCCAGGAUCUUCUCAUGACAGAAAUAACAGCAAAGGCUGAAUUGGUCUCCCGGUUAGCCUUAGCUAAACUUGUCAUACAGUAUACAAAGGACUGGGAGCUAGCGGACGAAAAUUUACGUAUGGUGUUUCGUAAAAUGAGCAAAGGCGAUCGAAGUCAGGAUACCUUAGGAUUUGAAGCGAUCAAUUUACGAUGCCAACUCCUUAUCAAAAAAGGUGGAGCAAGCUGUAGGGAUGGCGUUCGAAAAAUCUUGGGAGCAGCUAUAGAGCAAGCAAAGUCACGGGGACGAAUAUCUUGGGUAUAUGAAUUUUACCUCAAGAUGAUAGAGAUAACAGGGCUUAAUGCACUUCAAAAGGAAUGCACUGAUGCUAUUAACGAUGGUAUCAUAUUGGCACGUACACGUGGAGACGAAGCGAUGCUGGCAGUAUUUUUACUUGCUUUGGCGCGGUUUUCCAUGACAUGGAACAAAAUAAACGACAUGGGGCUCGCGCUCACUCAAGUGGAGUCUAUUUGUGCUUCCCAAUCUAGUACCGCAACGUUUCAGCCUAUCAUAACACAUCAUCAAGCCCUGAGCAUACUUUAUUAUACUCUUUCUGGAAACGUUCGUGACGCUCACAGCAGCGCUCGGAAAGCGAACAGAAUGGCCAACGUGAUGUCAGACGACCUCACAAUACCAAUCAAUAUACAGGAGGAAGGUACCGAAAGUGUGGAUGUCAUAAGGAUCCGAUGGCUUUCGAAAACAGGUAUACAAGCCAUACAUUGUCUCAUAUCCGGUUUAUCGUAUCUCCAAGACACGUCAUCAACCAAAGCAAAGGACUAUUUUGAGCUAGGAAUAGCAACUAUUGCUGGUGAGUCAAGACAGCAAACAGCUGCAAACUGUCAAAUACACUAACAAUUAUGCAGGUGAAACUGAGAAAUAUACCAAUACUUUAUCUCAAUCGGUAACAUGCAUAGCCUGCGAUGGCGUUGAGAACUAUCCUAACUUUGAAG